AUGGGGGGCAUUCCAUUCCGAUCAACAGGCUGCAAUACGUGCCGGCGACGGAAAGUCAAGUGCGACGAGGCAAAGCCGCAAUGUAAUCGCUGCACCAAGAAUGGCCAUGUCUGCACCGGCUAUGAGCGGAAGAGGGUCUUCAUCCACAAGUCCCCCGAGGCCAUCGAGGAGGGCGAUCUGAAGCUCGUCCGCCGCCCCAAGCCAACCCCCGGGAAGAUUGCCGACCGUCAAUUGACGCAAGUGGAGCCGGAGCUCCCUCGUUUGAGUCUCAAUGCAGCGGUCCGAUCGCAACUGCUCACCUCCUUCAUAGAGACAUUUCUUCCUACGUCAAGGAACCUGCAAGAUGGCACCGAUCCAAACAUCCUUGAAUCUCUCCCCGGGCUAUGUGGAAAUAGUCCUCUUCUGGAUAAAGCGGUCAUGUCGCUCUCCUCCGCUUUUCUUGCGAAACAACACAAGGAUGAUCGGUUACUUUGGUAUAGUACGAAGCUCUAUAGCACCUCAAUGGAGGUCAUGCAUGGCAGGAUCAGGUCUGGCAAAGGUCUUGGUCAAGAUGUUCUAUACACAACAGUAAUAUUUCAGUUAUAUGAAUUGAUCCACUCGUCACCUCCGGGGUUCAUGGCAUGGAUAGCACAUGUGCAAGGCAGCAACGCAAUCAUCGAUCAGUGUGCUAGCCAGAAAGAGGAGACUGUCGCAGAGAAGCUGUUCCAACGUCAACUCAAAUUCGUCACUUUAUGUGAUGCCGUGGGGAGGCGCAAGGCUGCCACUCUCUACAAUGUGCUGACUUCGCGAGAUCGCUCAGCACGGGGCUCGGCAGAGCUUGAGCCAAUUGAUGAGCUGACGGACAUCUUAGCCGAAUGCUCCGCUCUUAUAGAACGAGUAGACAGCUUCAUCGAGCAAGCUCUGGAGAGCCCUAAACAUGAUAGGAAGACUGGUGAAAAGUUGCUGCGCUCUUGCUUGUCACUGGAAGAAAAGCUUCACCGCGCAUGUCUCAAGAUGCAGAAGAAACUUGGAACGCCAUCGACUUUCCCUCAUGACGCGCCCUUGCGAGAAGGUUUCAGAGCACAUCUUGCCACCGGUUUAUUCUCCGAUGCCUUUCAAUUUGCUUCUUUGCCCUGCGCCGAAUCGCACCUUAUUUAUUGGGCCACUCUGAUACUACUGUAUCCGCUAGUUGAUCAGCUUCUCGGCGUCCUUGGCUGUCCCAGAACCGAUGUUACACCUUCCCCGUCUUGUCCCACUCAUUUUCAGACGAAUAAGGAUUCUCCAUUGAGCUCUGGUGUGGCCGUGGAUUUCACAGCCCUGGCUGAGCACUAUGCCGACCAGGUCUGCCGUUCAGUUAUGUACUGUACACAGCCUGAAAUGAAGACCUUGGGCGCACAACACCUGCUUGCUCCUCUCAGCCAGUGUGCGCAGUUCUUCCAGGUCCAAGGAUUAACGCAAAAGUACGAGUGGUGCCAGGGGGUGUUUAUGCUCCUUGAUUCGCUAGGUCUAGGAAUCGCCCCGUUACUGAAGGACAUGAUAUGGCCCCGGUACCGUUCCGCUCAGUCACGUAGAUCGUUGUCGCCCGUGGAAGAGGUACCAUGA